AUCCCCCCUUCCCCCGCCGCUCUCCCCUCACGCACCACCUACAGAAAAAAAAAAUCGCCGCCGCCGCAAUGCAGCGCCUCUCCCUCGGUUCCCCGGCCGGGAAGAACUCCCGCCUAAGCGUGGCCGUCGACGAGGAGGCAGAGGCGACGGACGAGAAGGCGGUGAAGGCUAUGGUCAGGACCCCGGCGCUGAACAGGUCCAUCCACUUGGUCCCCGUCCUAACUCUCCUGUGCUUCCUCGUCCUCUUCCUGCUGUCCCACGACCCCUCCGCCGCGCUCACCAAUUCGCCCGUGCUGGCCGCGGCCGCCACUGUCACCGCCACUGCACGCCCCUUGGAGGCCGCCGUCGCUGGUGGAGCGGACGCGACGGUCGCGUCCAGCGGCGUGUACCGGCGGCUGAAGGAGGACCCGAGGCAGCAGCAGCAGCCCCGCGGGCGGAGGCUGGGGAUGGCGCGGCGGCGGUGACGUCAGCGCAGGAGACGCGAAGCUAGCCGUUGGGACGCCGAUGACGCAGCGGAAGAGCGUCACUUUGCUUUUCGUUUUUUUUUUGGUCUGGUUCGCCCUUUCUGGUGGCAGUAGGCACAAAUUGAGAAUGGUAUUCAUGGCUUCGUGAUAGUGGUGACGCCGUGACGGUCUUCAUCAUCCCAUUUGGAAUUUGAUUUGAAUCUACUAGCAUUAGAGGAAAAAUUGAGAGAAAUGCGUUGCGCAAAUUAUUGCCAGUGGCAUGUUGGACUGCGUCUGUCAUUUCACCCUAAUGCUGAUAUGAUCAUUCAGGAGAGGGCGGUUUGGAUGCUGGGAUUCGGGUGGGAAACGUAUUUGAGCCGUCUAGCAAUGAUCAGGAAUAGCAUGUCAUCCGUGGAUGGCUCAUGGCUGGAUGCUGUGUCAUUUGUAGAUGAUGAUUGAUGCAUGUCCUGCUAUUAAUAUCUCUUCA